GAUAGGAACAGAGCAGAAAAAGAAACAGUUUGUGAGUGAGUGAAAGUAGAAGAACAGGAAGAAGAAGAAAGUGAGAAUCAUUAUCAUUAUGGCUGAGAAAAGCAAGAUCUUGUUCAUCGGAGGUACCGGCUACAUCGGAAAACACAUCGUCGAAGCAAGCGCUAAAGCUGGACACCCAACUUUUGCAUUGGUCAGGGAAGCCACCCUCUCUGACACUGCUAAAGCUCCAGUCCUUGACAAUUUCAAGUCUCUUGGUGUUACUUUGGUCGCUGGGGAUUUGUACGAUCAUGAUAGUUUGGUGAAAGUGAUCAAGCAGGUGGAUGUGGUGAUCUCCACCGUGGGUGCCCUGCAACUUGCCGAUCAGGUCAAGAUCAUCGCCGCCAUCAAGGAGGCCGGUAACAUUAAGAGAUUUUUGCCAUCAGAAUUCGGCAACGACGUAGAUCGCACACAUGCUGUAGAGCCAGCAAAAUCUGCAUUUGCAGCCAAAGCCCACAUUCGUCGCACUAUUGAAGCCGAAGGCAUCCCUUACACAUAUGUCUCCAGCAACUACUUCGCCGGCUAUUUUCUCCCCACAUUAGCACAGCCAGGAGCCUUUGCUCCUCCUCCUCCCAAAGACAAACUCUUCAUCUACGGCGAUGGCAAUCAAAAAGCUGUCUUCAACAAGGAAGAUGACAUUGGAACUUUCACUAUUAGAGCUGCGGAAGACCCCAGAACACUCAACAAGAUUGUCUACAUCAAGCCCUCUAAGAACAUUUACUCAUUCAACGAGCUUGUUGCCUUAUGGGAGAAGAAAAUUGGCAAGACCGUCGAGAAGGUUCAUAUUCCUGAGGAGAAGCUGCUCAAGGACAUUCAAGAGGCACCUAUUCCAAUCAAUAUAAUACUAUCGAUCAACCACGCGGUGUUCGUGAAGGGUGACCACGACAAUUUUGUGAUCGAGCCUUCUUUUGGGGUUGAGGCUUCUGCUUUGUAUCCAGAUGUUGAGUACACCACCGUGGAUGAAUACCUUACACAGUUCGCUUGAGAAUUUGAUAUGGAAAAGGAAAAGGAUGCAAGUCAUGUUCUUGUGGUAUGAUGAUAGAAUAAUGGGCUGUUGCUUUGGAGUUUGACUUUGGAAUUGCCCUGUCUCUGCUAUUUCCUAUUUGCUAUGUAUUUACCAGUUAACGUUUAUUUAAAUAAUAGUAUAUUAUAAAAAAAACAAGAUUGUGCACUGCUA